AUGACGCGCCGCGACCCGCGCUCGCGCCAGUCGUCGUCGUCGUCGUCGUCGUCGAACUCUCGCCCGCGUCGUCGCCUUCCUCGCUACGCCCUCGUGGUCGCGUUGUUGCUCGCGUCCUUCUCGACGACCCGCGCGGAGGCGAACGCGCGCCAAACGUCGCGACCAGCCCCGGCGGUCGUCGAGGUGGCGUCACCGACGAACGCGUCACCACUACCCGACGCGUCACCACCACCCGACGCGUCACCACCACCCGACGGCAGGUUCCUCGGGUGGUGGUGGCUUCACAAGUGGAUGCCCCGAGUCGUGUACGUCGUCCCUCACGGAGUGUACCUCCCUCACGGCCCAAAACCCGACCCGUACCCGCCCGUGGUGCCCCCGCUCGUGACACCCAACUGCCCGGAGGUGGUCACAACCAACGGCGCCCCGGUUCGCGACUGCUGCUGCCGCAGCGGCUGCGCCAUAUCCGGCACGCAAGGACCCGCUUGCGCUGGGCCAGGAGACACGAACAGGUGCCAACCGGGGCAGAGGCCGUGCAACCCGUGGUGCGACGCUUUCGCGGGGGGGUGCGGGGCGGGGGUGGCGACGCCGUUUUACGGCUAUGGGGCGUACGCCGACGUGUCGAGGCGCGCGGGGACCACCGCCGAACGCGACUAG